AUGACGGGACACCCCAAUGGCUGCUACGCAUCGUUUGGUAUGGCCAUGCAGCAUUCCGAUCUUGUCGCUGCCAUGGCUUGCAUGACUGGUCAUUGGGUACCCCCACCAGCUACCAACUACACCCCCGUCCCCAUUUGGGCACUCCAUGGUGCCAGGGAUAUCAUUGCACCCACCAACAGAGUAGACCUGUUGGGGGCGGCCUAUGUUCCCGCCAAGGCACUCGCCUUUGACCGGUUGUCGGCCUUGCACGAGUGCACCAACAAUAAUGUAACCACCACAGAAGACGCAGUCCCCGAGAUGGAUGUUUUGCUGACGGGACGAGGAACCCUGACCACACAAACGGCCACGUCCUGUCCCCACGGGGCAACCGUGGAGUUUGUCACCCUGUCCACUGCGGGACACAUAGCCUUUCCCGCGAUACCCGAAUUUCUCCCAUUACCGCCCUUUGCCACUAGCUAG